AUGUUGAGCUCCCUACCAGUCUCUUUAUUGACACAACGCGUCGUGACCGCGAGGUCAACACACAACCAUGACGACCUCCGAACCCUUCCGUCGCACAUUGUGCGCUUUCCUUUCCUUUCUAUCACCUUCGAGCUCAUCACCUUUGGCAUCAACCAGCAGUUGUCAGCACAUCGUGAGAUCAAGUUCAACAUCUGCAGCUUCUCUCAGCUCUAUCAUUUGCUCACUGCACGCACGGGGACUAUCAAGACAUCGAUCCGGUACUUCGGGCCCUCUGUUGUUGCUAUGCCGUCGCGUCAAAAGAAGGCGCUGCGUGACAGCAUGCUCACCCAAGCUUUCUUCAACCAAGCUGGCAACGGCAUUUGUGACUGCUGUUCUGGCCCCAUUCACAACAAUGCUUCUAGCUCUUUGAACCUCGGUGACCUCAAUCACGAAGAAGUCGCAGAUACAGGCUCAGGUGAUGAAAAAUACAACAACCUUACGCCUGAAGAGUACCAGAAAUUGCACACAUCCGAUAAAAUCUUCGGCCCUCGGGGUGUGCUGCGAGAACUCAAUCUCGCUCUCGAGCAGAGGAACAGUGAGCCAGCCAUGUAUGAGCGAAUCCAGCCGAUGGAGACUUUUGACUUAGGCAAUCUGGAUGAGGUCGCCGAGACGUACGAUAAGCGCUGCGAAAUAUUCAGAGAUGAGGAAGAGCGUGGGAUGGCCAAUUUAGCUGCAGGCAUCAGCGACCUUGUGGUCAUUGCCAAUGAUUCAAAGCGCUCAUCUGAUGAUCGUUUGGCUGCGGAGUUGGAUAUACACAACCUCAACAUCUUCGGCAAGACAAUCUUACCUCUUACCUCCUGCCUCCGUCAAGUCCAGCUGUUCAACGUUGAGAAGAGGUUCGGGUUUGUGGAGGAGAGCUACCAGGCACUCUAUAACGAUGAAAAGAAGCGACGUGGAGAAGAUGUUCCUGCCGGGACGGCGCUCUCUUUUCGUCAGAAAUACAACAAUCCAUUGCAACUCACGGGAUCCGCAGCAAAGCCACGCGGAAAAGGGAAGAAGAGACUCGGCAUGGUUAAAGCUCUUGUCGAGGUCCAACGUAAUGGCAAGCUGGCACUCGCAGAGACGCAGAACCUCGAGAAGAUCCUCAGCGACGCUGAAAAGUCUAUCGAGCUACCGGGUCUACCAGCAAGCUUCUCAUACAACGAAGCUCCAAUUCCUGAUGACAUUCCCGACCAUAUCAAGCGACGCUUCUUCGAUGCGGAGUCUGCUUAUGAAGAGAUUAUGGAUCUUCAGGAAGAGGCUACCACGCUGCUCUGCCGUGUAGAAAGUACGUUUGACCUCUGGUACAGUGCGAGCCAGGAAGCAUGGGAGUCUGGCAAGAGAAUCAUCCAUGAGAUGCCACUUUUCCGGGAGUACGAGUAUACCAGGAUCUCGUUGCAUGCUCUGUUCUAUGUGGCGUCUCGGCAGGAAAUAAAGAUUGUCGAAUACUACAGCAGCGAAGGAGCACCGAAGCUUCCUCCCUUAAUCAACCAAGCUUUCAAACUCAAAUCUCUAUCCCUCGAGGAAUUUGAGAAAGACUGGGAGAUGCGGUGCCUUGCACUGCACGAUAGCUUCCCUUCGGUGGAUAAGAAAGUGGCAGACACAGACAAGAUGCUAAAGGAGACCGGCGAGCGGGACCUUCCAAAGAGUGGAUUGUGGAAAUGGCUCUUUUGA